CACAAACACAACAACGCAUACGGAGCGGAGGAGGGAGGGGGAGUCCCGUCCCUGUCCCCGCCCCUAUAAAACCUCGGAAUCCUUGCGCGUCUACACGGUCCCAUAUCCCACCAUCAUCGCCGGACCGACCUGUUGUUGGUGGGCUUCGGUCGAUCUCAUGGAGCUGGGGCUGAGCUUGGGGGAGGCCAUGGCGGACGCCGGCCGGGAGCUGGUUCUUGGGCUCGGGGUCGGCCCGCGGGCCAGGAGGGAGGAGGAGGACGAGGAGGGGAGGAGGGGCCAGGACGUCGCCGCCAGGAGGGGCCUCGCGCUGCGGUGCGGCUCCUCGCCGGAGCCGACGAUGCGGCUCGCGCUCCUGCCCCUCGUGCCCACCCUCGGCUUCCCGUGGCCGUCCGACACCAGGCAUUUGGAGGCGUCGACGCGGGGGUUCGACGUGAACCAGGCGCCGUCGUCCGGGGGCUCGGCGUGGGGCGCGUGCGCGGCGGCGGCGGCGGAGGAGGAGGAGCAGGAGGACACCGCGGCGGCGGCGCGCGCGGCCGUCUCGUCCUCGCCCAACGACAACGACAGCGGGGGCUCCUUCCCGAUGGACUUCUCCGCGCAGGGCGACCGCGACGCGGCCCCGGCCGGCGGCGGCGGCGGCUCGCGCGGCAGCGACGAGGACGACGGCGGCUCGGCGCGCAAGAAGCUGCGCCUGUCCAAGGAGCAGGCCGCGUUCCUGGAGGAUAGCUUCAAGGAGCACAGCACCCUCAACACCAAGCAGAAGGUGGCGCUGGCGAAGCAGCUCAACCUCCUGCCGCGCCAGGUGGAGGUGUGGUUCCAGAACCGGAGAGCCAGGACGAAGCUGAAGCAGACGGAGGUGGACUGCGAGUACCUGAAGCGGUGCUGCGAGACGCUGACGGAGGAGAACCGGCGGCUGCAGAAGGAGCUGGCGGAGCUGCGGGCGCUCAAGUCGGUGCACCCCUUCUACAUGCACCUCCCGGCGACCACCCUCUCCAUGUGCCCGUCCUGCGAGCGCGUCGCCUCCAACUCCGCCCCGGCCCCCUCGCCCGCCGGCAUUGCCGCCGCUCCGGAGCAGCAGCACAGGCCGUCGUCGUUCGCCGCGCUGUUCUCGUCGGCCAGGAGCUUCCCGCUGGCCUCGUCCCCGUCGCAGGCCCCGAUGCCGGCGCCGUCGAGCUCGUGACUUCCGCUCCUCGUUGCCGUCGGAAGGGCAUGUCUGUAAAUACGCUCACCUUAAUAUUUCCGCUCCUCGUGUCCGGAUUUUUUUUGCGGCUCGCCAUUCGCCGAGCGGCCGAGGGGUCUGUGAGAAACGAGAACGCGUCUGUCGUCGGAUUGCCUGCCUGAACGGCCGAGAUGCUGAAUUAAAAGGAAAAAAUGUUGCAUUA